UAGCUUCUGGGAAUUACUGAACCAUCGGAGUAGCAAAAUGGUAAAUUCUCAUAGUUUGUGGCAGGAAAAAAGCAGUAUGUUUUGCAAGAACAGGAAAUGAUUCCGCAACAGUUUUUUUUCACACCACUGAUUGGCCGCCUGUCUAAAGUCAUAUCACCUCGAGGGUUCACACAGGGGCUUGUCGGUGCUUGUCGGUGCUUGACAGUGGCAAGCAGACUUUGAUUCCAUCGCAAAAGAAACCUCGCCACGCUUGUGCUUCGCUCGAUGUUUUAUCAGUUUCUGGUUAAGAAAAAAAGAGUUUGGUGUACUUGUAUUUAAAACCUUACAGGCUGGUAUUUGUUCCUUGUCAGCCCCACUGGUCCCGCCAGUAGAAAAGCAGCUGGUGACUCACCUCCUCGGGCUACAGAAGAGGCGGAGCCACAAGCACGGGGCUGAACUGCAAGGCAAACUCAAAGAAGCUGUCAAGCAUUUGCUCUGCACACUAGGAGGAUCACUUCCAGACUUGCUACUGGCACUCACAAACCAGGACAGUCAACCCUGCAUGACUUUGGACAACAGAAACACACACGAGGACUAAAAGAGGGAUCUUAAACAUAAAAGAAGAUUCAAACUGAAGACAGUGAAGAAACUUGUUUGGCGGGUUUUUUUCUUUUUGUGUGUGGGUGUGUGUUUUAGUGUGUGUUUGCCUGGUGAGACUUAAUGUGUGAAGUGUUUACCUUGUCAGUUUAAGGGAAAAACACUGCUCGUUCUGGCUUCGAAUUCAGAUUUAAUCAUGAGCAAUUUCACUGCUCAAAUGACAAGCACCCCUUCACUUGUUCAUGAGGUUGAUGACGACUGCCGGGCAGAGUACAUUAAACUGUACAAAUUCUACGCGGCCGUCAUGAUUGUGAUUUUCAUCCUGGCCCUGCCUCUGAACGCAUCCGUCCUCCACCUCUUUAUAUUCAAGCUGAAAUUCUGGAAAUCCAACACCAACAACAUCUUCCUGUUCAACCUGGUGCUGGCUGACAUUCUCCUGCUCUUCUGUUUGCCCAUCAAGGCACACAACUUCAUCCUAGGGGAGAGGAGGAGCACAAAUGACACGGUGUGCAAAGGAAUGCUCUUCAUGUUGUUUUUGAACCGCGGGGCCAGCAUUGCCUUCCUGACGGUGACCUCCAUCGACCGGUAUUUCAACGUGGUGCACCCCGGUCGCAAGAAUCUCCUGAGAGCUCUAAAGAAAUCUCCACAGAUCUCUAUCGUCAUCUGGCUGCUCCUGCUGCCCCUCACCAUCCCGACCAUGCUCAAGAACUUUGACUGCUGCAACAGCUACGAUGCCGACUCUACUUCGAGGGAGGAGUUGGUGGACAGUAUGCGAGAAGCGGUCUUCUUUUCCCAGAUUGUCAUCCCCUUCUUCAUCCUGGUCUACUGCACGGUGCACAUCGUCAACCGGCUCAGGAAAAAAACUGUCGGGGACAGGACCAAGCUGAGGAGAGCAGUGUUCCUGGUGACCUCCGUCAUGGUGGUCUUCUCCCUCUGCUUCCUCCCCUGCACCAUAGCCAGGAUGGUUCUGCUGAUCUCCCGGGUCCAACUGUGGUCUAAAGCCUCGCAGCAGAAAGCUGCCGCGGCCUUUGACGGCCUCAUGGUCCUCUCCUACUUGGACUGUCUGCUGGACCCGCUGGUCUACUGCUUCUGCAGCACCAAGUUUAAAGGUCUUUACCUCACCACUUAUUUCCCAUUCUUAGUGAAAGGCAAUCAAGUGCCGGUGGAGAGCUCAACGGGAAACACGCAACCUAGACGCAAUGUCAUCUGAAUGGGAAAGCGGAGGCUGUUUCUCUGCGGGGUGACACCUGUGCGAUCCAAAAGGAUACUACCCGAGACUGACAGUGUGCCCCCAAACAUGUUUUUACUUUAUGAAAAGGGACUCUGAAGGCGCUAUGAAGACAAGACGUACAGUUGUUAUUUAACUUUCUGUUUUCUAUUGACUCUUAAAGUAAUAAUCUUGAUGAUUUUCAUUCAAAUAAAAGGCAGGUAAGUCACUAUCCAUCGCCGAGUGAGGUAACACACUGGUAACUGAUGAAAAAAGGAGGUUGCAUUUGCAGGAUUUCAAACUGACAUUACAUUGGAAUUCCCGACGCAGUUUGGAUUUCAGGGAAUUGAGAUCCAAAACAACACCUGCAACUAUACCGCUUAUUCCCAUAGGUGCAUUAAAGAGAACAAAACGGAGAGCUUCGAGAUUGUACCUCUAA